AUGAGGCAAGCGGGUGCUUACUCCGGCAUACUCUCCGGCGGUAUAUCGGGCCGAACCGGCCCACACUCGCUUCCUCUCGCAAGGAUCAAGAAGAUAAUGAAGAGGUCGGGGGAGGACGUGAAGAUGAUAUCGGGCGAGGCCCCGAUAGUUUUCUCGAAGGCGUGCGAGCUGUUUAUAGAGGAGAUCACGGUGAGGUCGUGGAUGGUGACGCUACAGGGGAAGAGGAGGACGCUGCAUAAGGAGGACGUGGCGGCAGCGGUGGCGGCGACCGACGUGUUUGAUUUUCUUGUUGAGAUGGUGGGGAGUAAGGGUGGGGUCAAUGGUGGUGGUGAAAGUAGCGAAAUAGUAGUUAAGCUUGAGUCAUAG